AUGUCAACCACAAAGGCCUCCAGAAUAGGAGAAGAGAUAUGGAAAACGAGAAUCGAUAAAGUCAAUGCGGAGCUGGUCACAUUAACCUAUGGCACCAUUGUGGCACAAUUAUGCCAAGACUACGACAGUGACUACAAACAAGUGAAUCAACAAUUGGACAAGAUGGGUUACAAUAUCGGACUGCGAUUGAUCGAGGACUUCCUGGCCAAGUCGGGAGUGGGACGCUGUGCCAAUUUCCGCGACACGGCAGAUAUGAUUGCGAAGGUGGGCUUUAAGAUCUUCCUGAACGUCGCGCCGACAGUCACCAAUUGGGCGAGCGACAACAACCAGUUCUCGCUUAUCUUUGACGAAAACCCCCUGGCGGACUUUGUGGAGCUUCCAGAUGACGGGCGGGCGCAGGACGAGCUGUGGUUUUCGAAUAUUCUAUGCGGUGUGCUUCGUGGCGCACUAGAGAUGGUACAAAUGCAGAUUGAAGCGCACUUUGUGAGUGACGUGCUCCGAGGCGACGAUACUACCGAGAUGCGGGUCUCACUUGUCCGAUACAUCGAAGAUGAGAUGCCGCCAGAGGAGGAGUAA